AUGGCCACAUUAGAAAAUAUUCCUGAAGACUUUAAACAAAGUUUAAUUGAAUUCUCGACAUCUUUGUAUCAAGGAUUGAACAAAACAGAUAGUGUUUGCUUGUCACCAUAUAGUAUCACAGCGGCAAUGCUGUUGGUGAUGAUUGGAGCAAGUGGACGAUCGAAGCAACAAAUUUCCUCUGCUAUUUUUCAAAAUAGCUUAUUUUCAGAAGAGCAACAGUUGAAGUUUUACAAAUCACUUCAUAGUCAACUUACUCAAAGAGCGGGUGUCCACGUUAGUUUUGCUAGUGCAAAUAGGCUGUUCAUAAGCAACCAAUUCACAGUGUUGCAAAAUGUCCAAGAAAAUGCACAACGAUAUUUUGGAGCCGAUAUAAGUGUAAAGGACUUUACAAAAUCUGAAGCAUCUGCAAACGAGAUGAACAAUUGGGUGUCAGGACAGACAGACGGUAAAAUAAAAGAUUUGAUAAAAGAGGAAUGGUUAGAUCAAAACACUGUAAUGUUUAUAAUUAAUACAAUAUACUUUAAAGCCACGUGGGAGAAACAAUUUUAUUCUAGAAUCACGCAGAAAGCAGCAUUUUACCUUCCAAACAACAAAAAGAUUGAAGUUGAGAUGAUGACCAACCGAAUAGAUGUUCCUCAUUUUCGCGGUGUAGAAAUUUCUGCGAUAGCAUUACCCUUCAAGGGAGGACAUUUUGAUAUGGUAUUCAUUUUACCAAAUGAAAUAAACGGGCUUCCAAAUUUGGAAGCAAAUAUAACACCAAAGUUGCUUUCGGAUAUUUCUGCUGGAUUUACUAGAAGGCAUGAUCUAAGAGUAUAUAUUCCAAAAUUUAAAUUACAAACAGAGCUUAAUUUGAAACAUGAAUUACCUAAACUUGGAGUAAAAGAUAUCUUUAACCAGGCUCAAGCUAAUUUCUCAAAUCUUAUUUAUGAGAAGCGAGGAGGUGUUUACGUCGAUGUUGCUGUUCAUAAAGCCGUCUUCAAUGUGAACGAAGCAGGCGUAGAGGGGGCUGCAGCCACAGCAUUUGGGAAUUUUGUAAGAAUUAGCCCAAUGGUGUUCAGAGCAAAUAGACCAUUUUUGUUUUAUGUUAGAGAUAUUAAAUCUGGUCUUAUUUUGUUUAUUGGACGAUUCUUUCCACAGGUCAGAUGA